GUGACUUAACGUAGUCCUUUUUACAUUGGGUGAUCAUAAUUGGUCCAUCUUCCCUUUUUUUUGCUAGAGUUUCAUCACAGCUUCGUAAUAUGCCUAAUGGUUCUAAUCAAAAUGGUCCUGGUCUAGAUCAGCAGGUGAGCAUAUUUAUGUGAUUUUUACUGCUGCUUUUAAAAUAUAUUCCGUAGAGAUUAGUUCAUUUUCAAAAUACUGUAGUCCUUGAGAAAUUCAAGAUGGCGUACGAUCACUCUACACCAUCGUGGCCACCAUUACAAGAAGUCGACGUCAGUUAGACAAAGAUUUUAAGCUAUCUGUAAAAAUUUUUGACAGGAUUUGGAAAUUGUUAUUUUUAAAACUUAUUUUGUAACGAAAUGUUGGUUAAACUAAUAGUCCCUUAUUCAUACCCCCCCCCCCCCAAAAAAAAAAAAAAAAAAAAAUUUGAUAUAAGGCAAGGCCCUUGGGGCUGGGGAGAGUAAUUUCAGAGUACCAGUCCGCCCCAAGACCUGCCUAGACAUUAGUGUAGGCACUUGUAUACAAAAUUUUAAAAGAUGGAAAUAAUUUUAAAAAAAACACAGUUAGAGCAAAUUUCAAAUAAAAAAAAUGAAACCAGAAUCAACUUUUUAGCUUAAGUACUUUUUGAGCUAUGAAUUUUAAAGUGUGAGUUCGUUUGGUAUUUUUUACUAUGGACGAAACCUCCACAUCUUGUGACCUCAUUCCGCUGUUCGCGUCAUGCGCAAUGACUAUAUACUUUAUAUAAGGCAACGCAUCGCCUUAUCACUAAAAUACUGUUUAGGGUUGACUUAGUUUAAACUUUCAACUUUGGCACAUGAAUAAUUAAUUAAAGCUUUCCCUGACCAAUGGUAUAGUAGUUUUUGCACACGGCAAACUCUUAUGAAUGAAACUCUGAGGUAGUACUACGAUACAGCCAUUAUGCAAGUGGCUGUGAAUGGUUGCCAAUGACAACGUGUUGCACACUGUAAAUUCUGAUCAUUUAUAAUAUGGAUUCUACCGGGUUGUUAAAGCUCAAAUUAAAACAUUCCAGUUUAAAUGUCUUCAAAAUGCAUUCUGAAACACAAGUUAUCAAUUAUUUUGAUGUAAAUAGUGGUAAUAAAUUAAUAUUUCCUAAGUAUCGACAACAUCCGCCAUUAAAAAGGGGGCUUGACCCACCCCAUGGCGAAAUUAGGCCAUGGUGAAAUUAGGUUGAGUGAGCUGCAUGACCUGCUGCAAACGCGUAGAAACAUGGCGUCUCUCGUGAGACACUUAUCGCUGUGCAAAUUGGCAUACGUGUAGAUCAAUAGAUUUCCCAGAUGCAAAAAAAAUUUUGGUAGUGACAUUUUUUCCUUCGACUUAAUUUUAAUGAUGAAAGUUACCUUAUAUUUACCAAGGAUUUUCUCAAAGCUGACUGAUUGUAAAUGAAAAAGAAAUUGAUUAAAAUGUAGGCCAAGAUGUCUACCUAAUUAUAAGGCCAAAAACGGAACUCAAAUAUAUAUCGAAAGUACUAAUUUAAUAAUAAAUAGACACACACAUCGGAAAAUUAAAAACUCAGAUUUUUCUGCGUCGAUUUCUAUUCCCGAUACACAAAAAGUAGUAGUCUCCCUUGUUUCAUCGAAGUAACUACAUUAGUGGCAUUCUUCAUACUCACAGACUUAAGAUACAAUCCUGUCUGACUUAAUUCACUUAUGCCAUGCCAUUUUUAGGGUGAAGCAGAGCACUAGACGCCAGUGUUUCUGCAACUGAAUUGAUUUCUCCAUAACUAAACUAAACUUGUGCUUGUCUGAGUUAUCUUGAAAUUCAAUGUUUAAACUGAAGCAAUAGCCUGGGCCUAGGUACUUCAGUAAAAAAAAAAAAUGAACAAUUCAAAAUAAUUUUUUAAGGCUAAUGCUAAGAGAUAUCACCGUGAUUUCAUUUGUGUUAUUCUUUAGAGUUCAGAUUAGGUUUAGGGAUAGAUGUUUAGGUCGUAAGGUUUAGGCUUAGGCUUAGGGAUAGAUGUGGUGGUGUAGGCUUUAGGUGUAAGGUAAAGGCUUUGGGGUGGUGGCCUUCAACCUUUUCACGGGCCGUGUGGUCGUGUCAACAUAGAUGGCGGCCAUGGUAAAUAACGCUGUGGUUUCUCUUAGCAUUUACCUUUUUAAAAAAUAAAACCACAAUCAAGUGACAACUUUUUAGCUUUAGUAGGUACCUGAUAUUUUACCCCCAAAACGUGUGACCCUAAUUUCACAUUUCUGCACUAUUUCGCCACACCAUUUUAAUUUUAGAGAUAAGUACACCAAAUUUACAGGAGCCAUUCCUAAUCUAAUAAACAACACAAAGAACAACAUAACUUUUACAUUACAUCAAGACUUUAUUUUGCAUAAUUUUCUUGGCGGAUAUGUUGAAAAAAUCAUGUCCAAAAAAGUGGAAAAGUUAUUAUUUGUAAAGGCAAAAACAAAAAAAUUACAUGUUUAUUGUAGUUUAACUAAAUGUAUGAUUCAGUUAUAUUUCAAAUAAAUUCUUAUCUUUAUGAAAGGUAAGUUGAAUUCUUUUUUAAUACAAAAUUAAAUGGAUGAAAUUAUGUGAUUAAAUUUUAAAAGGGAGUGGGAUGUUCUGCCUGUCAUUUUCUAUGUAGACUCCUAUACAGACUUCUUGGUCUUGAUGAAUCACAAAAUUUCUCCUUCAUAAACUUUGUCUUUGCCAUCCUCGUCCCUAUAUGCCUUACUGUUGAUGGAAGUGGCAUAAAUUCCACAAAAAUCUUCUCUUCAAUAGAUUUAAAAAAAAAGAUUUAAAUCAAAAUUUUCCCUUGUACCUGAAAGAAGCCUAGGAAUAACAUCUAAUCAUAAUUCUGAAUCUUCACAAUUUCUUGUUUCUUUUUAAUAAUAUCAUUUUAUGUGUUGCUUAUAUUAAAUUAUUGUUUAUGUAAACUGCUUUUCUAUGUCCUAAUAAAAAAAUUAUUACUAUAAUGAUGUUGUAGUAUUAAAAUGUUAUAUUUAUAUUAACUUAACAAUAAUUAAAAAUUUAUAAUUACUUUAUUACAUUAAAAAAUUACUAACUUUAAUUAGGCCUGCAAGUGUGUUGUAAAUAUUAGCCUAAAUAGACUUAAUAUACUUAAUAGGAUUACUGGUAAAAUAACUGUAAUUGUAUGCCUAUUUUUUUUUAUAUUCUCCCAUAUGAGUAGUAAUUUAUAAGAGAAUAACAAUUAUUAUUACUGCUGUUACUAUUAUUAAACAAUUAUUGAUUCAAUAAUGAAGAACGGUAGAACUAGAACGGAUAAAUUUGGUACCUGGUGAACAAAACUAUUUAAUCUAAUAAACUAAAAAGCAACCCGUAGACUCUACCCAAAACUUUUCAAGUUUGGUUAUAAUCUUUUCUUAUAUUUUUUUAAAUUAUUCAUUUGAAACGUAUUAGAAUUAUUCAGAUGAUUAAGGAUUCAACAAAAAAAAAAGGAUCACUUCAUAAUUGACAGUAAUCAUAAUCAUUUCCGGCAACUCGGUCGAAUAAAAUUAACUUUCGCUUUGGCUUCGGCGACAUUUUCAUACCCCUCUCCCCCCUACAUUUUAGCGGGAGGCAUAACCUUUCAUUUACUUGGUCGAUUUUAAUAAUUUAAAUAUGUUAAUGCUCGUGAAUGAAUGCAAUUUCUAAAGAACUUAACCGUUUUAUGGAAUAAAUAAAAAAAAAAAAGUGUUAUGUGAUAAACUUACCAAAUGGUUAUGUUCCUGUCCGUGACACAAAAAAAACAAAAAAAAACUGAAUAUUGUCUGAUUGCCAAUAAAGAUACACCAUAUGCCAUUUAACCCUCUUGUGGUGGAUGGUCCGAUAGAUAUCGGCCCAGAGUGGAGUAGCGAAAAGGACGGAUGUCCGAUCUUUCGGCCCAAUAAGUCAAGCCUCGAGAUUGGCUGGCUAGUCUUUGUGCCAGCCAAUCAGAUUGCUUCUUGCACAUCCCGGCAUUGUAAUGGGGGCCUGUGUUGAUAGUUUACUGGCUUUUAUUGUGUUCAGGAAUUUUUUAGUGAGUGGCAAAAUUUCAGAAUGUCUGACAGUGACACUGAUCAAACUAUCCUUAGUGAUUUUGAUAUUCUAACAGUGAAUCUGACACUGAAACUGAUGAAAACAAACAGGAAAUGAAUGAAGACUAUCAAAAUGAGGGUAAUGCUAAUGUUGUGAACUCUUGAUUUAGUAUAAGGGGUCCUCAAUUGGGCAGAGAUAACCCCUCUGAAUUUUUAGACAUAAUAGGUCCUACAAAUAAGGCACAAGCACCCCAUUUGCUAUUAUUUUACACUAAAUAUCACACAAAUGUUUAUGAUAGAGACCAAUAGAUAUGCAGACAACUUUCUCAAUAACAUCCAGCUUUAAGAGUAGGUCCCUAGGUCAUAAAUGGGGGCAUGUUACAGUGAGUGUCUGUAACAACUGAAAAAUGUAAGAACUGAAAAAUAGCUGGGGGCUGGAAAAGGAGUGCCAGGGGUGUCUGAAGGGCCUCCAUGGGCCUUUGUUUUCCCUAAAACAUAAGUAAUACGACAUAUUCAGGCUUCAUCCAUCGAAAAAUUCACACAAUUGAUACAAGUAAGUCAUGUUUAUUCGAUGUUCAACAAAAAAAAAAUACAGGCAUAAAUUAUGCAAGUUAGGUUAGCUCGUUUGCAUAAAUAUUGAUAUUUCAGUUUGAUUCAUAAAGAUUGUAUUAGUUCAUUCAAUUUCCUACAAGAAUAUAUAUAAUUUUAUAUGUAUUAAGGAAAAAGUUAAUUUUUUAAUAAAUUCUUUUGCAAUGCGAGUGCUGAGAUCAUAAAAUGUCCUCUGUCUUUUUGUCACAUACACCCCAAAAAGCCUCUGUCCAAGAGGGUUAAAGGGCUACCUAUAAGCUUUCCAAAAAUAUUAAUUUCGUCUUUUUAGCUUUUAUAGAAGUCAAGUGGAGUUAUAUCUUCUGUUGAAUUUUUUAAGCCCUUACAUAAACUAUUUUACCCCAAACCUUGUGUCCAUUUGUUCACAUUUCUGCACUAUUUUGGGAACAACUUAUUUAUUUUAAUAGAUAAUUGUAUAGAAUUUUCAGGAAAUAUUUGCGGUUAGCGGUAAGGCCUGCGAUGUGUUUCACAGUAUGUAGGUCACGCACUUUCCCCCCAGGUUAACUUCCCUCUACAGUGUUAUUCAAAAGAUUUCAAUAUUUAUGUCAAUUUUCAUUUUAAUAUUGCAAAUGAACUGGAUGGAUCGUUAAGUUAAUGACGUGAAGAAGGGGAAAGUUAUCAUAGACACAAGACAACUACGUUCUUCCAUUGACAGUAGAACCCUCUCAAUCCCAAGAACCAAAACUAAGACCAUCGGUGAACGCUCCUUCUGCUUCCAUGGGCCCACAUUCUGGAACCAGCUCCCCUUCCAUAUCCGUCAUUGUGAAACCUCGUCCAUUUUCAAAAAGUCCCUUAAAACUCAUCUGUUUAGGUCCGCCUAUGACCUGUGAUGCACCCUCCUUACCCUGCCUCAUUUUCUGUUUUGGGUUGAUCCUGAAGUAUAGGCCAAAACGUGUCAAAGUGUCCUCGUUUUAUAGCCAUUUUCAUUGUUUCUAUAGUAUAUUAGUUACUAUCCUAGUGUCUUAUUUUUAUUUUACUUAGUUUACAUGUUUUUCAUAAUUGUAAAGCGCUUAGAGCUUUAUGUUAAGCGCUAUAUAAAAAUGCCUAAAUAAAUAAAUAAAUUUGGAACCAACUAUUGGUUAUGCACCUAAUUCAAGUUUUCGGGUUCCCCAAAGAGAUGGCACCUGAUGCGUGGACCCUAUUAGCAUUAUAGUUUUUCCAUUCCAUUUUAUAAACUAAUUAAUUUAACUUUAUUCUUUCACUGGAAAAAUCAAUUUUCAAGCCUGAAAUGGUGCACCAGAAAUAGAAAAUAGAAAGUAUGCCAUUUUUUUUAAAAUAGGCAUGAUGAGUACCGGAAGUGGCUUUUGCACACUUUCAAAAUUAUUAUUAAAUAGAAGAUACAUUAAUUAAAUAGCUUCCCCGUCUUUAAAAAAGUUGGUAUUAUUAUUAUAAUUACAGUAAGAAUAAGCUUAAAAUUUUGUACUGGUAGAAAUUAUUAUUUAAAUGGUGAAGUUAAAAAUAUUCACUUAAAAUUGCAUCCACUAUUAAAAGAUUAUUCAUAAAUAUUUAAACUUUUAAAUCUUCAUUUUAAAAAUAGGUUUAAUUAGUGAUUAUCAAAUCAUCCAAAAUUUGAAAAUAAAUACUGGUUAUCAAAUUAUGUUAUUAAAAUUAAUUAUAGCAAAAUAAGACAAUUAAUAUAAAUAAGACAUCCCCCUAAAAAUAAUGUUUUGAGACUACUUAUUUUGACCUGUCAACUUUUGCUCAUCACUUAUUAGUUAAAGGUUUCCAUGACCAUGAUUUAAUACUUUUUCCAAUCUCUUAUGCAUGAAACUAUGAGAAUAAUACUAAAGUAGUUUAGUACAUGGCAGUGACUGAAUGGGUGCUCAUGAAGUUUUGCACACUGCAAAUUAUAAUUUAUUAUACGCGCUUUACUGCUUUUUUAACAUCAAAUUAAAAUAUUCUUGGUUAAAUGCCUUAUAUGAUACAUGCUAAAACACAAGUUAUCAAAUAUUUUGAUGUAAAUAGUAGUAAUAAUUGUUAGGGGUGUGCCGGAAUCCGGUUCCGCCGGAUUUUGCACUAUCCGGUGAAAUCCGGUUCCGCCUGAUUUACAUGUAUCCGGAACUACCGGAUUUCGGAAUUUGCCAGAUUUUGUGACUCUCCGGAUCAUAAUCUGAAAUAAAAGUAAUUCUCUUUCCCGAAUUCCACACGAUCACGAUACAUUAAUCGAUUGUUUCGAGCGUUGAGCUUGUUUAAUGUUUGAUAUUCCGAAUAUACCAGAGGCUAGAGUCAGCACCGCUAAUAGUGGCCAAUCGGCCCAAUCCAAUGAGCCAAUGACAAGACGAGAUGAACUCAGAUGAUGAGUCUGACUUUCUCCUCAGAUUCAAAACAAUUAGUGCACUACAAUAGUUAAAAAUUACACUGCCAAGUGGCAAGUGCCAAAGUAAUGAAAGUAAUAGACUAAUAGUAAAGUUGUUUUCCUUUGACCUUGCAGCGAGUUAGAACUUAACAGCGAGUUUAGUUACAUAUGGAUAAUAACUUAUUAUCAAUCUGCGUUUUAUUCUGAUUUCAGUGAUUUCUGAAUAAUUUCUAUUUUCUAAUUUAUUUCAAAGUUCUUCACUUCCAACUUCCAAUCAGCCAAUGUCAUUUAGCCAUUUAGGCCAACUGUUCAGAAGGCAUCCAACCCCUCAGAUUUACCGGUAUCUGCAAAGUUCCGGAAUCCGGAUUAUUCCGGGAUCCGGCGGAUUUCGCAUAAGAAAAUCCGGAUCCGGCUGGAAAAAAACGGAUCCGGCACACCCCUAAUAAUUGUAUAUUUUCUAAGGAUCGACUUUCGCCAAUAUAACUGUUUGGAGAGGGUUGUAGUCACCUCCUUAAUGUGAUUAGGCUUAGCAACCUUACCAUACUGUGGUUUACCCGAGUGAGCAUAACUAAUGGCAGACAUGACCUAACUCAAUGAGCAUUGGCAAUUGGCGCACAUAUGCAUCAAUAUAUAAUGCUAAGGAAGAUUUAAUAUGAAAGACAUAGAUUUUGAAUUUCUUCAACAACAAAAAAAUAAAUUUUAAUUUGAUGUUAAAAAAGCAGUAAAGCGCGUAUAAUAAAUUAUAAUUUGCAGUGUGCAAAACUUCAUGAGCACCCUUUCACUCACUGCCAUGUACUAAACUACUUUAGUAUUAUUCUCAUAGUUUCAUGCAUAAGAGAUUGGAAAAAGUAUUAAGUCAUGGAAACCUUUAACUAAUAAGUGAUGAGCAAAAGUUGACAGGUCAAAAUAAGUAGUCUCUUUAUAUAUCUAGGAAUGUCCGAAAAUAGGAUUGAUUUAAAAUGCAAAGAAUUACUAUGAAAUUUAGGUCAAAGUGUCCACUGUGGUGAAUAUGUGAAUAGAUACCAUAAAUGUAUUACAUGAUGGUUCUUUCAGUAAUGACAAGGUAUCAAUGUCCAAAAAUAAAAGAUUUUGAUUCUGUACCUACGCACAUUUUGAAGUAGUCUCCCUUGCUUUACCAAAAUGCCUACCCAUAACCUUUGGAACAAUUUAUCACACUGUUUUCUUUACAUCAUAUUACAAUUAAAUGGAUCAUAUAAAGUGGUAUUACUAACUUUAAAAAAUCUGUAACUGUUAAAUUAAAUAAAAUGAAAGUUGAUGUAAUAUUUUUUGUGGCAAGAAAGUUGAUUUAAUAUUUUUUGUGGCAAGCUUUGAGGGCUUGCUAAUCAUAUGGAAUUCGCUCAACAUUAAAACAUGUAGACCUAAUACAUUUACCUGUAAGUUUUAUUUCAUUAUCACCAAUAAGGCAAUCAUAAUUUCACCCACCCCCCCCCCCCCCCUCUCUUUGAUAUUUAGUGGCUUUUGUAUCAAGCAACCCACGCAAUCCUUUGUAUCUAGGAACCCACACUUAAUAAUUAUUCUAGAUCUGUGGUUCUCAGCCUGGCUCUAAUCGUAGGGGUCAUCAUUGUAAGACAAGGGUAGGCCUUAAGGGCUGCCCCAUAGAUUUUGGUUGUAAAAACGGGGCUACCAGAGUCUGUAAUUUUUUUCAAAUUAAAAAUCUCUCUUAGGGCAGGCCUGCACAGCUUAAAAUGUAAGGCGGGCCGUAAUACUUAAUGAUAAACUUGUGGGAGCCAAUAGAAAAUAGGAUGGGGGGGAAGCUAUUAAGAAAAUAAUUAGAAUAAAGAACAUUUCAUUACUUCGCGAGCCGCAAAGUGGGUGCUGGCGGCCGCAUGUUGUGCAAGCCUGCUCUAGGGUUUUAUCAUUUUUCUUGUGUAGAUAUGGCAUUGGUUUAUACACAUUCCCUAUUUUCUAACAUACAACAGUAACUCAUGAAGUCAAGUACGAAGAGACAUUAUUUUAACUUUGUAUGUCAUUGACAGUUCUUGUAUCAUAUGAUCUUCCCUGCCCAGAGGCUAGUUCAAAUUAAUCAGCAUACUGACAGAUUUAUUGGUGCAACUUUAAUUAAAUUCGUGUGAAACAAAAGACCUCAUGGUUACAUCCCAGCAAAGCUGUCUACACAAUCCGGCAGUUUUACCGACUAUCAUUCUAGCUAUGACACUGGAGAAAAUGAGUCACAGUUUGGAAGAACAAUUUAACUCAACUUCUUUGCUUUCUUAACAUGAUAAUUUCAAUCGAUUAUCUAGUCUAGGAGAAGUAAUUUUUAAGCGAUAUGGUCAUGAAGUGUUUGUAAAAAUUAUCGACAAACUGCAUCAAAGUAUUUCACUUUGUCAACUGAAUUAACUCUGUCCUUUUAAAACUGUCAAUCCUGUUAGCUAGAUUCCGCCUGUAAAUUUUUUUCAGGCUUCAAUACAAUUAAAAUACAUGUUCAUUUGUUAAUCUAUCUUUGUUACUUUUAAUACUCAGUUUGCUGGACUGGACUUAAAUGGUCCUGGUCGCAAUCAAGAUUAUGAUGGACAUCAAGGUGGCUACGGUAUGCAUCCCUUUAAACUGUAAUUUUACCUAGUUUAUACAGAGUAAUGUUUAAUAUUCAAUAAAUAAUUCGUUUUGAGUUUUAGUAAUAAUUUAUCAUGUUAAUUCGUUUUGUUGCUUUAGUUUUUUUCUCUUCAGAGUUUUCUGAAGAUUCACAUCGUUUAUUUUUUUGAACCUGUCUGUAAAGAAUAAUUAUAGUAAGGAACUGAAUGCUAUAAACUACUUCUAUUAUUUUAUAUCAUAGUUUAGAUCCAUAUAAAGUUUUAAGCCCUUUUUUAAACAAUGGCUUUUCAAACUUUUAAAUCACAAGCAGGUGGUGGUCGCUACGUCCCUCCACAUCUUCGUGGAGGUGGUAUGCCCAACCUGAGCCAGCCCCCUCCAGGGCAUCCCAUUGCAUCUUUGCCCCCACAAGGUAAUUGGGGAAUUUCUGGGGGCAGAGGGCCACCACCUCGUGACGGAGGAAGGUGGUCGGGUGAGUUUUUCCGAAAAAAUCUUUUAAUUUUUUCUGAAAAAUCCAUCUCCUAUACUCUUUGAAUAGCUUAAAUCUGUACUUGUAAAACUGUGGCAAAAAAAAAAAAAGCAAUCACAUAAAAUAAGUUUUAUGUUCAGAUAAAGAAUUAGCAUAAGACUCGUCUUACCUGAUUUUAGUCAUUCAUGCUUGCCAGUUUUGUCUGUCAAGUUGCUAAAUUUUUUAUAGCAAUUUCUGAAAAUAAUUUUAAAAAUACUUAUCCUAGUUUCUUUAUUUUAAACUUGUGCCUUGGCUUGCUUCUUUUGGCUUGUUAAAACUGUUCUUUUUUUUUUUUUUUAACUUACUAUAUUGUACGAUGUUAUUGCUUUUCAAUUUUCCAAAGUCUGAAAUUAAUACAUUAAUGCUACAUUUUAUUUUAAACUAUUGCAUAAUAUUUGUUUGAGCUAAUGUUCCAUUACUCGAGGUAAAUUUGUGUCCAAUUCCAAAACCCUUGUAUGUAUUUCCUUGUAUAGCAUACAUUUAGUUUUUAAUUUUACUGCUGUCAAUGCCUGGUAAAUGAAGAUCUUGUCUCCCAGUGCUUUUAAUUUUUUUAAACUACUUUUAAUUUUUUUUUUUUUUUUUUUUUUUUUUUUAUUUUUUUUUUUUUUUUUUUUUUUUUUUUUUUUUUUUUUUUUGGUCAAAAUUUACAACAUUCAUUGAAGCAUAAUUGUGAAGCAUGUUGAAUGCUGGGAUCUUUUUAGAGAUUUGUGAUAAAAAUUUGUUUUGCUGUUUUAAAAAAAAAAUGUAAACUCAAGUUUUUCAUGAUUUUGACAUUUCAAAUUUGACUUAAUCAGGUAAUGACAAAGCUGGUAACUACAACAGUGAUCGUGGCGGCAGCUAUAAUGAUCGUGGAAAUUACAGCAGUGACCGGGGUGGAAGCUACAAUGAUAGAGGUGGUUACAGCAACAGGGGUGGAGGUGGUGGUGGUGGUGGUGGCAUGAGAAGUGGGUAAGUAAAGGAACCAGUAGAAGAGUUUGAAAUAAACUUACUACUUAGUGUUAGAGUGACAAUUUUUCAAACACUUAUUACCAUUAAAUUUUAGUGGGUUUUUUUUAUCUGUACUUUUUGGGAGUGAUAAAUCAAGAUCAUUAUAUAAAUUAGGGAACAACUGGAUAUCAAAUCAGACAUUUGCCUGUUCAAGCAUUCGUCUCUGCUCAGUGACAGUCCAAAUAUUAAUUUAAAAAUAAAUUUUUAAUAAUAUUCAUUUAACUUGCUGAAUGACUAUAGUCUAAAUUGCAUCAAUUUCAAAUUUCUGAAUUUGAAUUCAAUCUCAAGCAAGACCUGGAAAGAAUUUUGACUUUUAAAAUAUUUUUUUCAGGUUAAUUUUUAUUACAUUGUUAUUGGACAAGAUUAACAAAUCACAUUAUUUGGAUCAUGUUAUACGCUGUAAUAUAUUAUAAUGUAUAGCAUGAAUAAUUUGUAGUUUUCUAUAAUAAACAAAUAGUACUUGGAUUUGUAUCCCGAUUUGGCAAAUUACAGUCCACUUUGGAUUCAGUACCCGUUGGAAAUGUCUACCCAGUUGAUCCCUAAUGUACAUAUUUUGUUUUUCAUUUUUUAGAAAUAAUAGCAGGGAUUGAUUUCUUAAUAAAAUUUAAUAGCUACAGCAUAUUUAAAUAAAUUGUAACACUUUUUCUCAGCUACAAUGAGCGCGAUAACAGAGGAAGCUAUGACCGUCGAGGUGGGGGCAAUCAAGGGGGUGGCUUUGGGCGUGGUGGAGGCGGAGGUGGGGGUAAUUUUCAGCAAUUCAAUGACAGGUUUGUAAUUUUCUUACCUCCUGAUUUUUCAAUGAUAGUCUUUAUUUCAACUUCAGUGUUUUCUAGGUCCUGUAUUUUAAUUGUGAAGUAUUGUGUUUUGCUGAAUGUCUGAUAGUAAUUAGUUGUUAUUUUAAAGGUUUACAACAAUUUAUUUUUUAAUCCAGUCCCUGGAGGUUCAUGUGGACCAUAUGCACACUCACUCCGUGCCUGUUGAAUAUUGGUGCCUACGACAAGGCUUAAUAUUUAUCCUCAAAAAAAUUCUCUAAUAAUUCUUAGGACUAGAUUUCUGCAUUUCUUGAUUACUUAUUGGAGCAUUGUAAUUUUGAUAGAUGACAGGGCAAAGUUGAGGGUUUUUUUUAUUGUACGGACAGAUAACAGAGGGAUUAUAGUUAUGAAAAGCUGGAGUAUGUACUCUAAAUAUCCCAAUAGGGUAAUAACAACCUAUCAGGUGCCACUGUAACAACCCUAAAUUAAUGCUAUUUGUCCCUAUGGCAAACUAUGACUCGAAAAAGACUCAUGGUAGUUUUUCAUGACCUAUUAAAGAUGGAACCCACCAUAAUCUCUCCUGACCCUAUCAUCUGUAUAAAUAAAUGGCUAAUAUAGUUUACAGAGCUACUGUUGUUUCAUUUUUAGGCUGCAGAUACCAAAAAAGAACAAUUUUGAUUAGCCUAUCUCAUUAUUUAUAACUACAGACCUAAAUAAUAGAUUUUAACAUAAGAUAAAUAAGUUACAAAAAUGUUUUAGCCAGUAAAGGAAGAGUCAACCUUUUCUGAUCAUUGUGUAAAUAAUGUGAAUCGUUGGCUGAUGCAGUUUAUUAUCUUUAUUUUAGUUCUGAAAUUCAGCAUUGAGUUAGUUCACUAACUUAAUUAAAAGAAAAGAAGUGUUUUUUGUUUUUGGAAAUCGUCAGCAGGCCAGUUGAAAUGACAUUGCAGGCGAGAAUUCGAAUACCCCUGCAGUAUUAAGAUGUUCUGAAUAUCUAUUUUUAGUUUUAAAACUCUGUAGUCUUUGACACAACUGUUAAUUACCUUUUAAUAUAAGCUAGACUAUUUUGCUCUUAAUAUUAGCUGUUGACUUUAGAGAUUGCAAUAGGAGGAUAACUUGACAUCUUAUUACAUUUAAUAUUAAGUUGUCACCAUGAAACAACUGCAUUUUCCCCAAAAGUAUGAAUCAAGUAUAUAUUUAUGUAUUAAUGUAAAUUUUAACUAAUAAAGACAAAUGUCUAUAAUUUAAUUGUGAAACUACUUUGCAUACCUCAUCUUAUCUAUUGGUAAUAAGAUUUUAGAAAUUGUAAAAGCGCUUAUGAAUUAGUUUCUUGUUUUUAUUUUAGAAAAUACAUUUUUAAAACUAAUUAGAUUUGUUACCAUUCAAAUUAAUAGAAUCGUUAACAAAUUUUUUUAUAGAGGUGGAAAUGAUCGUUGGAACAGACAAGGGAGUGCCCCUCCCCCAGCUCCGGUUGGUGGUGUUGGUGGUGGAAACAGAUGGGAUGUCCUACUGGAGGAUCGAGAUCGUGAGCGUCGUAUGGGUGGACAAGGUUACAAUCGCUGGGACAACCGAGAGGAUAAUGCUGGUAGUGAAUCCCGACAGGAAGACUGGUCAAUACCUCUGCCAAGAAAUGAAAGGCUUGAACAGUGAGUAAUUAUAGCAAAACAAUAUAAUUUUCAGAUUUUAAACUUGAUAAAGUACUAUCAAGAAUAUUUUUAAAAUCGUCACUUUGUAGUUUAACUUUUAGAAGACUCGAUGACUGCUUGCUUUUCAUAAUAUAUUAAAGCAUGAAUUUUAGUCAAUAUUUUUUUUUUUACUGCCUAAACUAAGGGUUCAUUAAAAUCAGCAUUGAGUUACUCAUAUUUUCUCAUACCAAUAGGUUUAUUAACUGCAUAGUUUUAGUUUAUACAUCAGUAUUAGGAUAGGUUGAAAUUCUGGUCACAUCUCUAAAAUAACUAUCUUUUUCAAUAUAUGAAUAAGCUAAUAGCUUUAGUAUAGCCCAGCACAGUAAAUAUAAGUUGCAACACACAAAUUUUUCAGAUGUCGUAAAUAAACAUAUUCUCAUUUAAAAUAGCAUGUAUGUUGAGAAAAUAAGCUGACAUACAAAACAUUGGAUAUUAUGUCAAUGAAUCUGUUAAAUGUCAGUUCAUUGUACCUAAUAACCUUACUAAACAUCUUGAAACUAUGUUUCACAUCUUGAAACUAUGUUUCGUCAUAGGCAGUAUAUGACAUUUUAUUUUUGUAAAUCAUAGCAGUGCAAAUGCAUGGUGUGUAAUCCAGGUCAUAAAAUUUUGUCUCCUUGGAGUAAGUUAACCAUACAGGAAAGAAAAGGAUUAGUAACAAAGUAGACAUUCGUGUCAUAUUUUUUUUUUUUAAAGUGCUUUAUUAUGUGGAUACCCAUGUUCGGGUAAAAAUAAAGCAUUAAAUCUGGAUGGUGGUUGUGCUGUGUGGAUUUGAUUUCUUGAAAAUUGUACAUAAUAUUUUUUUUCCAGUGAAUUAUUUGGAGCUGGAAACACAGGAAUUAACUUUGACAAGUAUGAGGAUAUUCCUGUUGAGGCCAGUGGAGAUAGUCC